UCGCCUCCAACUCGCACUUGACCGCAGCGUAUGUCAGCGGCCCAGCGUCCCGCACUCCUCUUCCGUAGCUUUCGCCCUCCACUCCCAUCUCCUUGUCUCCAGUGAGAUGAACCCCAACUCCAACUGGUAAUAGUUGUUGUUGUAGUCGUAGAAUUCCCUUCCCCUGCCACAUCGAGCCGAAGGAGCUUGCUUUCCUUCCCUUCGAUUCUGCCUAAAUUUGGGAUUUUGUCGACCCUUUUCGCCUAAAGGAGCCACCUUGAGAAUUAUUCUUUGGUUGGUGUAAUUUUCCCCCACAUAACAAGAGAUGGGCCUCAAAGGAUUCCUUGAAGGAGGCAUCGCCUCGAUCGUCGCCGGAUGCUCCACCCAUCCUCUCGACCUCAUAAAGGUCCGCAUGCAGCUCCAAGGCGAGGCCAUCAGCCCCUCCGUCUCCGCCCUUCGUCCCGCUGUCGCUCUUCACGGGGCCACCGGCAUGACCACCCUCCGCCACCAUCAUCCUGCCCUGACCCCGCCACGGCGCCCCGGCCCGAUCGCGGUGGGCGCGCAGAUCCUCCGUGCUGAGGGUCCCGCGGGGCUCUUCUCCGGGGUCUCGGCCACCCUCCUCCGACAGACCCUCUACUCCACCACGCGCAUGGGCCUCUACGACAUGCUGAAGAAGCGCUGGUCCGCGCCCGGUGACGGCGGGUCCAUCCCGCUCCACCGCAAGGUUGCCGCUGGCCUCAUCGCCGGGGGCAUCGGCGCCGCGGUCGGCAACCCCGCCGACGUGGCCAUGGUCCGGAUGCAGGCCGAUGGGCGGCUCCCACCAGCGGAACGCCGGAACUACCGGAGCGUGCUCGACGCCAUCGGGCGGAUGGUCCGGCAGGAAGGAGUGGGGAGCCUGUGGCGGGGGUCGUCGCUGACGGUGAACCGGGCGAUGAUCGUGACAGCGUCGCAGCUGGCGACGUACGACCAGGCGAAGGAAGCGAUCCUUCGGCGGCGCGGGGCAGGGGCCGACGGGCUGGGGACACACGUGGCGGCAAGCUUCGCGGCGGGGCUGGUGGCGUCGGCGGCGUCGAACCCUGUGGACGUCGUGAAGACACGGGUGAUGAACAUGAAGGUGGAUAAAGGGGCGGCGGCGCCCUACGCCGGGGCGGUGGACUGCGCCCUCAAGACGGUGCGGGCGGAGGGACCAAUGGCGCUGUACAAGGGUUUCGUGCCCACCGUGUCCCGUCAAGGCCCCUUCACCGUCGUCCUCUUCGUCACGCUCGAGCAGGUGCGCAAGCUGCUCAAGGACGUCUGACCGCCACUCGCUGGUCUCAAACGCCCGACCGAUACGCCACAGUUACUUCCAUGAACGGCUCUGAUGAUGACGACGACAAAUUGGACAGAUUAUUCCAAGUAUUAUUUACAGCUCCAUACGAAUACUACAAAUUUGUGUGUGUUCCUAUGUUUUAUGAUGUCAUGCAAAAGCGUGUAAUACAGAUUCGUUCUACAGGACCAUAAAGAAAUGGUCAAACAAGAAAAGAAGUGACGUCAAUGGAAGAGAAUGCAUUAAAAGCAGUGAAUGCAUUAAAAAUGUUACUUACGUCUCAAUAAUUUAUGCCGAUAAACCACAGAAAUAAGCUUUGUGUUUUAGCGAAAGGAAUGUCCCUUACAAAAAGAACCUCUUUUGUUCAUUAAUAAUGCAGCACGAGUUUGCAAUCGCAGAAGAAAGACCAGUCUGUGUUUGGUGGUUUGACUAAGACAUGCAAUCUAAGUGGUGUGUAGGCCCCAUGUUUGGUGAGAAGGAAGCGUGUUCCCUGACCCGGCCAUGACAGGCAAGCUCGACGCAGCCGUUGUUGGUGUGCGUGGGCCUAACUCUCGGCUCACGCAGUCACCAAAUUUCCCCUCUCCGACGCGGCCGUGUUCCUCGCCUUCCGCCACGCCACCAUAGAGAAUGUGGUGGGACGAAGAAUUCCGAGAAGAAGAAGAAGAAGAAGCGGAGGAAGAGGAGCAGCGAGAAUCUCCGGUCGAUUUCGAUUUCUUCUCCCUCCUGUCCAAGCCAAAGG